GUCAAUUCCUAUAAACUUUGAAUGCAGCACUCGGCCAGGCGCAGCUGCGAUGCACUUCAAGGAGACAGGUCCCGAGGGCAGCAACCGAUUGAAGACUGGUGGUUUGAUUGCAUUUGCGAUAUUGCCUUUGUUUCUGAACGCUGCUGGAUGAUUUAUUGAUCAUGCGCAAUGCAUGACUGGAGUUUGUUUUAAUGAAAAGCUCAAAAGAAGGGAUUUCUGCUCGUCUCAGUUGGAACUUGCAUCACUUGCAGAUUACAACUUGGAGUUCAAGGUAUGGAGACCCAUGCGGCCCUACAAAGAGCACACUUCUCCGCCGCAGGUAGCUAGUUCUCACCUGCUGCUGGGCUGCUCCCUCCUGCGCAAACCUCGGCCAGAACCACCGGGAUUUUAAAAGUCCUCAUUAGCGCCCCUCUGCCCGUCCUGAAGGGGCACGAUGGGGGAAAGACGAGCACGCUCCUUUCACAUGACCUGCCAUGUGCAGCGGGACUAUGGCAGCAGGAUGCGGAGCUCCUUCAUACGCUGCAGCCCCAACGGAUGUGCCGGCACGAGCAUCAGCCUGAGCCUGGACCAGGAGAUGGACCUGGCUGCCUCCACCGGUCCCGCUGCCGGCUGCGGUGCCUUGCGGGUCCCCGUGCCUGACGUCGGCCAUUACUCGCCAGUUUCGCUGGAGAUGGACCCCCCGGCGGUGAAUAAUGGAUCAGGCUUCCCCUGCUUACCUCCAGCUGACACAAAGGACCCGGAGCUGCAGAUCGCACACAGCCAGCCGUCCGUUACCCCCGUCCCGCCGCCUCUCCCUCGCUCCAGUUGGCUGCGCCAUCAUCAGAAGGAGUUCCAGAGUCCUUACAUUAAGACUAGCAUGCAGGGGGAUGUUUACAACUUUCUAGAAAGACCCGCGGGGUUGAAAUGCUUCCUCUACCACUUUCUAGUCUUCCUCAUGGUCUUGGUGUGUCUUAUCUUCAGUGUUCUGUCCACAAUAGAACAAUAUGCAGACUUUGCUACAGGAACGCUCUUUUGGAUGGAGAUCGUGCUGGUUUUGUUCUUUGGCACCGAGUAUGUGGUCCGGUUGUGGUCGGCCGGCUGCCGCAGCAAAUAUGCGGGCAUCAAGGGACGCCUCCGCUUUGUCAGGAAGCCCAUAUCAAUCAUAGAUUUAAUAGUUGUGAUUGCCUCCAUCAUCGUGCUCGGCGUGGGGUCAAACGGGCAGGUGUUCGCCACGUCCGCCAUCAGGGGCAUCCGCUUCCUGCAGAUCCUGCGCAUGCUGCAUGUGGAUCGACAAGGAGGGACGUGGAGGCUGCUGGGAUCCGUCGUUUUUAUUCAUCGACAGGAGCUGAUCACCACCCUGUACAUCGGCUUCCUGGGCCUGAUCUUCUCCUCGUACUUCGUCUACUUGGCGGAGAAGGACGCCGUGGACGAGGAGGGCAAGACGGGCUUUUCCAGCUACGCUGACGCGCUGUGGUGGGGCGUGGUGACCGUCACCACCAUCGGAUAUGGAGACAAAAUUCCUCAGACGUGGAUAGGGAAGGCCAUCGCCUCCUGUUUCAGCGUCUUUGCUAUCUCGUUCUUCGCUCUCCCUGCUGGGAUUUUGGGUUCAGGAUUUGCCCUCAAGGUCCAGCAGAAGCAGCGACAGAAGCACUUCAACAGGCAGAUCCCUGCUGCGGCAUGCCUCAUCCAGACACUCUGGAGGUGUUACGCUGCGGAGAAACCAAACGGCUGUGCUGCUACGUGGAAAAUGUACGUCUUGACUCCAGAGGGUGUGGCCGCAGCGCAAGCAGACAACGGCAGUCCGAGCAUCAAGAAGCUGAACCUGGCGAAAAAGGGGACCAAGAGACGGCUGAAGUCCAAAGGAACCGGCUCUUUGGGUGUUGCCUCAGAGCGGGCCGUGUCGAUCCCUCAAAUCACCUAUGACCACAUUGACGACUCAGUGGAAAAGAAGGACGUCUCGUUUUUCAUCGAAGAGCCGAGGGGGACAGCUGAAGGGAUUACCAGGAUGUUCAGGAAAACAGGCCCUCCUCACCACUCUUGGUCAUCUUUCACUCUGAGCUGCCCUGCUUCCCCAGUAAAGGGGAGUGGCAAUAAAAGCACGUCCAUAGACAUCUCCCGCGCCAACAGCCUAACCGAUGACCUAGAUGACAUGAGUGAGGAUAUUCCCUUGCCGGUGGUCACCAACAAGAACCAGUUAUCCCAUGCCCAGAGGUCUGCUGUGAAAGUCCUGCGCAGAAUGCAGUACUUCGUGGCCAGGAGGAAAUUUCAGCAAGCUCGGAAACCCUAUGAUGUGCGAGACGUGAUCGAGCAGUAUUCCCAGGGUCACCUUAACAUGAUGGUUCGCAUCAAGGAGCUGCAGAGAAGGCUGGAUGGCACCCUCGGGAAGCCGGGAAUGUUUUUGCCAGGAAAGGGAGAAGAUAAAGAGUACCCAACCAUUGGAGCACGCAUGAUCAGAAUGGAAGAUAAGAUUCACCAGAUGGACCGGAAAAUGGACUCCAUCCUGCGGAUUCUGACGGAGCAGUUCCCACCCAAGCCAGAUCUGACGUCCAAGCCAUCCAUCCGCCGGGUGACCAUCCAGAAGCGCAUGGGCGCCAGCAUCGACGAGGCGCCCUGACCACGCCCAGGCGGAGGGCGAUUAAAACACUGGGACUUCACUUCAACAGCCUCGCCCCUUCCUCAGGGGGACUUCGUCUCACAAAGCAUAAGGGGUCUCAGUCUUCCACAACGUCCUCUCUUGUUUUUGUUUUUUUUCUUUUCCAUCGGCUUUGGACCCAAAAGAAAAUGCUACUGUUUUAUGCUAACCAGGGCAAAACAGCCUCUGCCGGCUGAAAAGUCCGACCUCAUUCUCCGGACUACCGCCGGCUCCUGCGACCUCACCGCGGCACCCGGUCGCUCAGGCAGCAACAUGUUCUAUGAAUUCAUUUCACCACAUUAGCCUCGUAAGCGCACUACUCCAUGAUGUUAAUUUAUGUGUGGCCUGUCACUGAGCAGCAUUCCUCCCUUCCAAAUAUUAUUCCAUAGCUAACUAACCCCUUAAUGAAGUCGUAAUGCAGUCAAAGCGCUCUGGUUUCUCAAUGGCACUCGAAGGGAAAAAAAAAAGCUGUAAACCCACAACCGAGCCAAGGCAUUCCUCAAAUCCGUCUGAUUAUCUUGGCUCAACCGGCACCUACACAACAGCCUCGCGCCGCAGACACACAUCCAUCCAGCCUGACUGGACUCAGAUUGAAACGAGCGUUUGUUUGUGGAAACUGGAUAAAACGGGGAGUGGGGAAGAAAGAUUACCUGUUGGUUUUGCCCCCCCUGGACUGCAGUUGGCAUGGCGACGACUUACCGCCACAGCAGAUGAAUUUAAUGCACCCUGUGUUUUUAAAUGGAUAAAUAGGAUUUUUUUUUUAAACUGAGAAUAAUAGUUCCCUUACCUGUUGGUGGAGGUCAUAUGGUUUUGGUGAAUUUAUAGAAAUCCUAGAGACGGUGGAAAGCUAACAGCUUGUCAGACGGAUUUAGCUGAUUUCAGCAACUUGAAACUGAAGGUAUUCCUACUAACCAUGCUAUUUUAGAGGAGGAUGUUUCACAAAAGAAGACUGUGGUUAAUUUUGCUGCUUUUCCUGCCAAACACACCUGAAUUAUUAGUUACUACUAAUUAAUAAUUUAAUUAUUUUAAAGGUUUAGACACCCCAGGUUUAAGUUGGUGAACCAGGUUAUAGUUAGCAUCGUCAUCUAGCAUAACUUUAGCGUAGCGUCACAGGUUUUAACACUUAGAGUCUCAGCAACAAACGUGACUGUCUUAUACAAAAGUGUGAAAGGUUAAUAAUCCCAAUUAUGCCGUCGUAUCCUAUGAUUACAGUCUCAGCUAGCCUGUAGCUAGCUGUUAGCCUUCCAGCACUUUACAAACUCACUGCCAUGGGAUGGAUUUCUGCUUCAGGUAAAUGAAUUAUUACUGAUAGCUUCAUAGAAGCUGACCUCAAGAAAUAUUUAGUAUCCAUUUACAAAAUAAUAAUAAUAAUAAAAGAUUCAGGCACUCCACAUGUAUUUGCAAAACAAAUGUUUUUGUGGUUUGUUUUGUUUUUCUUGCUGUGAUUGCACCUCUUGUCCAAAUCUUACGUUUUUGGUGAGAUUUUUAUAAAGUGAUUUUGAAGUGAAGACUUCUAAGAACUUUUUUUUUUCUUAUGUAUGUUUACUUCACAAACCUUUGGACAAACAAUGACAUGACAGCCUAAUUUUGCACAUCCCCACUAUUGCUCUGGGUAUCAGUGGUGCGAAGUUUCUGGCAGUUUCUGAGCUUCAAGUCAGAAACACAAACUGAACAACUGAGUUUGAAAAAUGUUAAAGAUCAGAUCUGAUAAGGGUACUACACAUUUAAAGGUAAAGGUAAACUUGUUUGCAUCAAAUUCUGAGAGAAAUUGAAAGCAACACAAGCAAGUACUAACAAUGACCACGACUAAUGGUCACGCUUUUUGUUGUUGACGUUUGGCUAGUUAGCUUUUGGGCAACAAGGCAUCACUGUUGCCUCAGCCCAAGUUCUGGGUGGGAAAUAAAGGCACUUUCAUGCUGACAUUGACAAUAAACUAUUUUUAGGGAGAAAUAAUAAUGCAGAAAAUGUAGAAUGUUUAUGGUUGGACUUUGGUACAAUAUUGUGUCACACGGGCCCAGCUUGAGGGCCUUGUCCAGAUAGAGUGAUACACUCCUGAUCCUGAAAAGCAUCAGAGUGGGAAAGAAAUUAUAAGUACUCGCAUUUCAGUGUGCUGGACCCUCUCCAGCUUGUAAGUAGAGCAUCAAAA